UGUGCUUUAUUUGCCGACUCGUAGGCUGGUUUAUUCGGAUAACGUUGAUGCGAAAAUUGGAACGGUUCAUCUAAAUUCCUUGGGAUGGAGCCCUGAACCCGGCACUGGGUUUAAGUUGAAAGGAUAUGGGACACACGACGUCAGGGACUCCAAAAUUAAAGGCAAUUGCAGCAUUAGUGUUCCUGGUCGUCGCUGGAGCUUCAGCAGAGGUGAAAUGUGGGAGCAUUUAUAAGGGCUUCUCCGAAUGUGUGCUGGAGCUGGGAGAGGGCAUGGCUACGUACCAGGAGGAAGAGAACAGUGAGAACGGAGUCCAGAUCGUCUGUGGCCACUGGGAGGCGUUCCAUACCUGUGCUACCACCGCCCUGUCGGAGUGUCAGGAGGACGUCAGUCGCAUUUGGGAGAGGUUGAAGGAGGACUCCAAGAAGAUCCGGUUCCAGGGGAGCCUGUUUGACCUGUGCGCCCCCAGCGCGGCUCCCAGUCUGCUCCCACGAUCCCGCUCUCCACCCCCACUGCUGCUGCUGCUGCUACUGCUGGGCUCCCUCGCCUGGCUCCCCCUGUAGGCCGCCU